UUCAGUCUCAGAAAGAAGAUGCCUCAAAUCUCUCGCUCACUCUCUCGCUUCAGCUCGGUGAUCCCUUAAAUCUCAGAGUGAUUUCAGAAUAGGAAUCGAUUGGAAUCAUCUUGGUGAUUUAAUUUGUUUACCUAUUCCAUUUACAUAGAAAUCACUGAGAGGUAAACCUAUCUACAUCAAGCUUCAGAAUCGAUUUCAUUUACUGAGAGACUCAUCUCUCUCUCUCUCCUCUGCCGAUCUCAUCCACACUCACCGCCGCUGCUGUCUUCUCAUUAUCGCUUCAGAUCGACAGCUACAGUGGUGGAAGAGGAUGGCGGUGGUGGUGCUCGUUGAAGAAAAGAACAAGAGACGAGAUUUGAAGGAUUUCGAACUAAUUAAAGCCAGAUCUAAAGGUUUCAAAGAACACCUGAUCCAAAUGUGGGGGUUUCGAAUCAGAUAUGUUGGACUUUUGAGGAUGACGUUUUUGUUCCCAAAACAAUUAGUGGUGAUGAAAGAAAGGCACAUGUGGGCAAUUGACAUCAAGAACAUACUUGUUCAACAUGCUUCUUAUUAUGAUUUUUUAGAUAGUGGAAGCAAACCCCAACCAGGCCACCAAAGUUCCUAUCAUGAAAUCCCAAAGAAGAGCCAUUUGGAUAGCAACCUAGAUAACCAGACACUACAGGAAGAUACUCCACAAGAAACUCCCUCUUCUUCUUGUUCAUUUACUCUCUCUUUUUCGAAUACCAAACAGGGCAUUGAUGUGGCAAAGUUACUAAAUGCAGUUACAGAUAGCCUAGUUUCCUUGGAAAGCAGCAGCCAAAAGAACCAAACAAAGAAAGGCCACAGAGGUUCAUGGAUGCAAGACAGCUCCACGUUCAUGACACUUUUUAUAGUCUUGAUGUGUAUUUACAACCAAUGGAUGCAAGACAGCUCCACGUUCAUGACACUUUUUAUAAUUGGUUUUAGUGCUCCACAAGGAUGUGGAAAGACUACACUCGUCUUUGCUCUAGAUUAUCAGGUUGAUGUUUCAAGCUCUCAUAACUUACUAGCAAUUCCAGUUGGUAUUAAACAAAAGAGUAAUGUUGAUGUUAUUGUUCAAAAGGACCAAGGAUUGGAAGUGAUAUCAGAAGGUUUGGAUAAAUUGAAAGACAUGACCCGUGAUUUGAAUGAGUGCAACAUUCUUGAUGGUUUUGUGACUUUUCUUUGUGCUUACUUGCUCUUUUAUCCUCUUCUAUUUGAGUUAACAAGUCAGUUCAUUGGUGAUACUGCAUAG